GUGAUCACUCAAAUCGAAAAUAAAGUUAAUGCAGAACUGUGCAAAGUACACGAUAUGGAUAUUAUAGAACUUGAAUUGCCACGUAUAAAGGCCGAAAGCAAGAAACGUAAUAAAAUUUUUGAAACGAUCCAUAAUAUUUUUAAUGCUGAAAUUGUUGACAAUAAAUUAUUCAUCAAAUUUAAUGGAGGAAUUAAAUCAGAAGUACAUAAGAAAGUGGUGUAUUCGCUUGAUCAACAACUUCCAACUUGGUGGAAUCAGAUUGAUUCAAUAUGUGUGGUUAACAGUAAUCAGUAUCGACCUGAUGUAGGUGGUUGGAACCCUAAACCAGCACUUAAUCAAAGAGUUUUUCCUAUAAUUAAUCCAUGUCUACUACCAUUGCUAUGGAUCGAGGUAACCUAUGAUAAUUCUGGUGAUUGUGAUAAUGCUAUAAAUAAAUUCACACGCGUUCAACCCCACUGUCCGACCACAGAAUUUGUAAUCAUCAUUGUUCCGGCUACUGUAACCCCCCUUUCAGCAAAUUCAAAUCCAGGCAUCAGUUCAGUUGUGGCAACACCCAAAACGACUCGUCCAUCUCAUGCUCCAUAUCUUGGCCAUUUGUCCGCGGGAAAUAUUAUUACUGCAAUUCAAUGGUACAAGAUAAAAUGGAAUAGGCAUCUUGUAUUAGGAUGUGGAGCAAAUAUAGGUUUUAAUGAUAUACUAGAA